AAUACCUGACGGAGGAGUCAUUCAUGUAAAAUAGUAUCAUAGUAUCAUAAUAUUAUCAUUGAUGGUAUGUACUGACCUACGUAUUGUAUUUAGCUUCAUAUAUCUAGAGUACAUUUAUGACUACCUCCUUUUAACCCACGAACUUUGAUUGGAAUGCUCAUUGCUGUUUUAUAAGUUAUAUCAAUUUCAUUUUACUCGACACAAUACAAAAUACACAAUACCAUCUCCUGUCGCAUAUCUGGACAUUCAGCGGUCACACCCCUUAAAUUGACAACUCGAACAGCUGGACGAUGUUAGAGAAACAUUGAAUCGUCUGUUCCCAAUUUUUAUAAUUUUUCACCAUUUAUCUACCGCUAUGCUCCAAAAUCAAUCAAUCGAAGAUAUGUCGUCAAGUAUGGAUAUAUUUGAACCCGAAACUAGAGCUGAAGUGGACGACAGACGCGCAAAAGCUAAUGAGAGAAAUACAUCACGGUCGCCUUCAAAAGCUCGGUCAUUAUCAGAUGGCGGUCAACCGACGCUUUCACCGUCUCCAAAAUUUUGCGAAUCAGAGAAGCCAAUAUCUAAAGAUGAUAGUUCCCUUUCCGAAAGUCCGACGACCCCAAGGCGACCUGCAUUCCCUCGCGGCCUUUCACUGCAGAUGCCACCAAAGGAUUUUAUGCCAUUAGGACCAUCAGGAUAUAUCAAUCGAGCACCUCUAUCACCAAAAUUAGAUCAAUCGCAAACAUAUGGGUCGCCUACAAGUGUCUUGCCUAGACGAUCCCGAGGUUUAGAUUUUUCAAGAGCUGCUACGAAUCUUCACCACUCCACACUCGCAGAGCAUUCGUCGCCUGAUUCGUCGCCUACAAUAACCGGCAGAGCAAUGAACAUUCCGAAUAGAAAAAAUGUGUUAAACUUUACCAGCGUUGGGGAAGGUUCCUUAUGGUCUCCCAUGGCAAAUACAGAAAGAAUGACUGUAUCCAGCUCGCUCGGCAGUGUUAACAUGAUGGCCUCUGAUUCUUCCGAAAGUAGUUGCGACGACGACGAUUUGAUGGAAUCAGAUGAUAUCGAUGACUCUAUUCUUACCACACCUCAGAUUAAUAGGAUGACAGCACCUUACUUCGGAAAUUCCAAUCCGAGCCCUGGCGGUGCCUGGUCUGGACAAUCUCCCGCAGUUAGCAGUCUUAUGAAUUUUCAGAAUGCAAAAUUAAGAAACGGCAAGAGUCGCAAAGGAUCGAAAAGUGGCCCAGUGGCUAAUACGAUUUCCAAAUCACCUCCUACUGUGCGCAAUAUCGAAAGUGGCUAUUUUAAUAGGCCAAUGGCGGUUGACAACUUUCAUUCGAGGAGAGAAAGUAUAAGCUGGGCUGCAAACCAAUUACAUAUAUCAGGGAGGGAAAGUGAUGAUGGUGCUUUGAAGUCGACGUUGGAGAAUGUGGAUGGGAUGCCUAGUACACCUGGAAAAGAUGGACAACGAGGGGUCAUUCGCAGACCGGUGACGAGGAGGGGUAACAUGCUAGUAUGUAAAUACACGAUUUCAAGGUUUGGCAUGACUAACGUUUAAUAGCCUAAAACGAAAACAUUUGCGCGUAUCAAAGCAGCUCUCGCUGAAGAGAGCGCACCAAUCGAAACGGAAGUUCGUCGAGAAGCAGAAGUCGUCCGCCAAACCCGUGAAAGUGAUAUGGACCUAGAACCUUCCCGUCAUCCCUCUAUAUCAACAACAGAUACUACACGCUCAUCACCAAUACUUGGCGCGACACAGGAGUUUCUAGAAGGCAUGACUGAAGAUGAUGUGAUGGCCGAUGCAUCCAGUUCCCAACUAUCCAGUAGCUUCAAGCAACAAGCCAUUCGCAACUCAAAAGGAAAAGAGUUCUGGGAAUCCUUUAGCGAUGAUAAUAGUCGGACACCACCACCGCCCAAUUUUAAUCCUCGCGGUUCCACCGCAGGCAUGAAUGACGAUAUAUCAUUAGAGUCCCAUCUUUCCACGCCCCUACAUCUCCACCGCAGCAACUCUGAUUCCUCUCCAUCCCGCUCCUCCACUCCUCAGCCAUCUGAACCCAUACGCAAAAUCACACAUAAACGUCGUCGAGACGAUGACCUCGAUCCCACGAGUUUUAAGCGGAGAGCUGUUAGUCCAGGAAUGAGCGUACAUAAUAGUCCUGUAAUGCAAAGUCCAAUGCAAAGGGAUAUGGCGCCUUGGGGUACCAGACCUGGUAGUAAUGGAGAGCCUGGGAAUGGAAAGAGUGGAUUGGGCAAUGGUGGAGCAGGGAUUGGGGGUAGAAGGGUGGGGCUUCAGGGUAUGGUGGACACUAAUGAUGGGUUGAUGAAGAUGAGUAUUGAAUAAUGGGUUGAAGUAUAGUUUCUGGGGUACGGCUAUGGGAUCGGAUGCGGAGUUAAAUGGUUGUGCGGGGUCUUGCUCACAUUACCAUGGUCUACUAGGGGCGGUUGGGUGUUCAUAUUGCUCAGGGAAAUCCGUGGAUUUUGGGUCUUGUUGCUAGCGGGAGGCGUAUAUAUAUUAUCUCAUUUAGCAUCAAUUGGUAAAUACAAAGGGAAUAGGAGGACACCGCCACAAAGCGAAACUAGCGAUAAAUAUACACAUUUUACACUGACUUUUAAGUU